UGCAACUCCUCUUCAUACACCCAACGAUUAUCGCCAGAUAUUAGUGAGAGUCCUCUCGUUACAUUGAGUCGUCGGACAACCUAAAGCGCAAUGGCCUACCACGCCAGACGCGACCAGGAGGCGAUGUACUGCCAUGCCUGCCACCAUCAGUGGCGGAGGGACGGUGAGAGCAUCGAAUGCCCUGCAUGCAUGAGCGCAUCUACAGAGAUUAUCGAUCUCGAGAACGACCCACGCCACUUCCACAACCGGCAGCCUGCGCAAGAAACUGCGUCCAGCACUCAGCACGCUUCCAGCACUGCUGCCACCGGCUCUGAAAUUCUCGCCGCCGCGAUGGUUCUUCCUGAGCCAACUUCAGAUCGACGUGCCCACGACGUGAGCGCGUCUUCCACAACGCCUUCUCAACCUUCGAACGACAACACGUCUUCAAACAACAACACGCAGAGCUCAACGAGCACCACCAACUCGGGCAACGGUGAUGCUCCGGGCAGCGCGAGCGGCAAUCCGCCUCGGUUUACUGUCCACUUCUACCCGUUCUUACCGCCACCACAAAUUACCUUCGUCACCUAUGUCACGACCAGCUCUGCCGCGCCGUCAGCGCCGAACCCGCCGCCACCACCUACCUCCUACACCAUGCACUUCUUCCCAAUGCCGAUGGCUCCUCCUCCGACAGCCAACAACACUCCCGUGACCCAAUCGAGCGAAGCAAACACGAAUAAUAACAACAAUCGCCACGCCAGCAUCACUCAGCCGACUCAACCCAGCGAAGGCCACCAACACCAGCAGCCGCCGCCAAUUGGCCCCUUCCCCGCCGGCGCGCCGCCUGCAGGCAUUCCCCUCAGCUUCAUCACCUCGGUGUUGACCUCGCUCUUCAACCCCGCCGCCGCCAUCCACGGCGACGCCGUCUACACGCAAGAAGCCUUCGACCGCAUCAUGGCCCAGUUGCGUGACCAAAUGCAGCCCGGCGGGGCGCCGCCCGCCUCACAGGCCGCGCUCGACCGGCUGCGAACCAAGGAGGUCGACGAGAAGAUGCUGGGGGCCAAUGAGGACGGAAAGACGAAGUGUGUCAUCUGCGUGGAUGACAUGGUGAAAGGGGACAAGGCGGCUGUGUUACCAUGCGAGCACUUCUUCCAUGGAGAGUGCGUGGUGCCGUGGUUGAAGUUGCAUGGCACUUGCCCUGUGUGCAGGAGGUCUGUUGAGCUCGAUGGCGAGGUAGGGAAGGGCGCGAAGGUUGAGCGGGGUGUUCAAGUGGGCGCUCAGAAUGGGCAAGAGCAUGAGAGGAUGGAUGGAGCCCUGGGCGAUGCGAUGGAUUGCUCAUGAAGGGGAUUGAGUCACCGAUGAGGCGUUUGGGAUUUGGUUUGUGGAUUGGGAUGAUACCAGGCGCAUGGGUUUGACUUUUAUGGAAAUGACUAGGGGUUUCGUCAGCAGCUGUUUUUGGCUAACUGCAUGCUUGGGCGAGAGGUUUGACAGAACUGCUGUGCAAAACACUCAACUGAUAUAAGAUUCUGAGGUAACGGCAGCGGGUUUCUGAAGGGAGGUUCAGAUGCAAUGGCUGUACGGAUUACAAGAUCAGGGAUUGGGUUUUCGUAGGGGCUUCGGACGAAUGACUCGGUAUUUAACGGGAUGGUGCUUAGAUGUCAUGCAAAUUGACCUUGGUUUGAUGAAUUUUUAAAACUCUUGCAACAGGCUCUCCUCAUGCUAUGCUAAGAGCUGACGACUGAUUCAGUAUCCCAUUGGUCCUGUACA